ACAAAAACUACAUUCCUUAUAACCGCCAACGUAGAUACGGUUGAAACAGAUAAAAAUGAUAAUUCAAUCAGUUUUCUUUUUGUCAAAUUAAUCCACGUAUACCAUAUUAUUAUUUGAAUUGUUUUAAUUAUUGACAAUAAACUAUAAAACGGAUCAUGCCUGCAAGAACCUGGAAAGAAUCCCUAAUAGCCCUCCUGGAAGAAAACCGUGGCUUAGUGGUUCUGCUGUUUUGUCUCCCAGCGAGUUUCUUCUUCGACCUCGUUCUCUCCCUACAAAACAAACUCCACAAAUGGAUCUUUGGUAGUGCAGUCAAACACGAUGAGAGAGUACGAGCGAUCCAGAAACAAGUCCAAGACUAUAACAAGCUCCCAAAAGAAGGCAGAAAACUUUUAUGCAACGCCAGACCAAACUGGAUGAGUUUAUCUACAACUUUUUACCAAAAAAAACACUGCCAUAAAGUAUCCGUGGAUUUGUUUGAUGUUUUGAAGUUAGACGAAGAGAAUCUCACUGUGCGAGUUGAACCGAUGGUUACAGUAGGUGAAAUUACAAAAUUCCUCAUCCCUAAAGGGUAUACUCUGGCUGUAACCCUUGAAAUAUCUGAUGCCACCCUGGGUGGUUUGGCUAUGGGCACAGGAAUGACCACCCAUUCCCAUAUAGUCGGAUUAUACCAAGAAACCAUUGUGUCUUAUGAAAUGGUUCUGGGAGAUGGUUCUUUAGUUAUUGCUUCCCAAGAAGAGAAUGAAGAUCUCUACAAAUGCUUGCCGUGGUCGCACGGAAGUUUAGGCUUUUUAGUCGGAUUAACUCUUAAAAUUGUUAAGGUGAAACCGUAUGUUAAAAUGACUUAUAUCCCUGUAAAGGGUCAAAAGAACUACUGUGAUAUGAUAAGACUAUUGUCUGGAGAUACUGGGGCAGACUAUCAGGUGGCAAAUUAUAUUGAAGCGACGAUUUUUAGUAAAGAUGAGGCGGUUAUUAUGGUUGGAGACUAUUCGGAUUUUGACGGUAAUUUACCAGUUAAUAAUCUCACGAAGUGGUAUAAGCCUUGGUUUUACAAGUAUGUGGAGUCAUUUUUGCAAAAAGGGAAACAUACCGAAUUAAUACCCUUAAGAGAGUACUUACUUAGGCACAAUAGGGCGAUUUUCUGGGUGGUGGAGUCCAUGAUACCUUUCGGGAAUAACCCGUUAUUUAGGCUUCUUUUUGGCUGGUUAUUGCCGCCUAAACCGGCUUUUUUGAAGUUUACCACCACUCCGGGAAUAAGGGCGUUUACUUUUACGAGGCAAGUGUUCCAGGACAUAGUGCUACCCAUCAGGAAACUGGAAGAACAAAUUGAAAAGGCCACAGAACUCUUUGACGUGUAUCCCUUGCUGGUUUAUCCUUGCAAGGUGUAUAAUCACGGGAGUCACUCUGGACAAAUCAGACCCCCGCCUGAGGAAUAUCUCGUAGAUGGUACCAAUUAUGCAAUGUAUAAUGAUUUGGGCAUCUAUGGAGUACCCGGGUUUGUGAAACGUAAAGAAGCAUAUGAUCCAGUUAAGGCCAUGCGGGAUAUGGAAGAAUUCACAAGAGACGUGGGUGGAUUUUCAUUUUUGUACGCCGAUAUCUUCAUGACCCGGGAAGAGUUCGAGAAAAUGUUUGAUUUAACCCUGUACGAGACGGUGCGAAAGAAGUACUGGGCACAAAACGUUUUUCCGCACUUGUACGAUAAGGUUAAGCCGGAAAUUGAUGUUUAUGAGGUGGGCAGGCGGUAUGCUAUAAAGGAUUAGAUUUUGUAAGGAUUGAAUAAAGGUUGCUAAAACGACUAAUA